UCCCUCCAGUCGCUUCCGGUUACGCCCAUCACCUAACGGAAGUGGCUUUCUUUCCGCUGUGAUCGCGUCUCGGUAUUAACUCGUCGAGCUCCUCCCCUCCGUGUAAGUUUUUAGAGAGGGAGGCAUCACCAUGACCGAGAAUGAUGUUGACAAUGAGCUGCUGGAUUAUGAAGAUGAUGAGGUGGAAACCCAAGCAGCUGGAGAAGGGGUAGAUGUCCCAUCUAAGAAAGACGUCAAGGGAUCCUAUGUCUCCAUCCACAGUUCUGGCUUCCGUGAUUUCCUAUUAAAACCAGAACUCUUGCGUGCCAUUGUUGAUUGUGGCUUUGAGCACCCUUCAGAAGUGCAACACGAGUGCAUCCCACAGGCAAUCUUGGGCAUGGAUGUCCUGUGCCAGGCCAAGUCUGGCAUGGGCAAGACUGCUGUCUUUGUUCUCGCUACACUUCAACAGUUGGAACCAAUAACAGGACAGGUUUCUGUACUGGUGAUGUGUCACACGCGUGAACUGGCCUUCCAGAUUAGUAAAGAAUACGAACGGUUCUCCAAGUACAUGCCCAGUGUCAAGGUAGCAGUGUUCUUUGGGGGCCUGUCCAUCAAGAAGGAUGAAGAGGUUCUGAAGAAGAACUGCCCCCACAUUGUGGUGGGGACCCCGGGCCGCAUCCUGGCUUUGGCCCGCAACAAGAGCCUUAACCUCAAACAUAUCAAGCAUUUCAUCCUGGACGAAUGUGACAAAAUGCUUGAGCAGCUUGAUAUGCGUCGAGAUGUCCAGGAGAUCUUCCGCAUGACCCUGCAUGAAAAGCAGGUCAUGAUGUUCAGUGCUACUCUCGGCAAGGAAAUCCGCCCCGUGUGCCGCAAAUUCAUGCAAGACCCUAUGGAGAUCUUCGUGGAUGACGAGACCAAGCUGACGCUGCAUGGUCUGCAGCAGUACUAUGUCAAACUGAAAGACAACGAGAAGAACCGCAAGCUGUUUGACCUGCUUGAUGUGCUGGAGUUCAACCAGGUGGUCAUCUUUGUGAAGUCCGUGCAGCGUUGCAUAGCUCUGGCUCAGCUUUUGGUGGAGCAGAACUUUCCAGCCAUUGCCAUCCAUAGGGGCAUGCCGCAGGAGGAGAGAUUGUCGCGGUACCAGCAGUUCAAGGAUUUCCAGCGUCGUAUCUUGGUAGCCACCAAUCUCUUUGGCCGUGGCAUGGAUAUCGAGCGAGUCAACAUCGCUUUCAACUACGAUAUGCCAGAGGAUUCGGACACUUAUUUGCACCGGGUGGCUCGUGCUGGCCGCUUUGGCACAAAGGGCCUGGCAAUCACUUUUGUGUCUGAUGAGAAUGAUGCUAAGAUCCUAAAUGAAGUGCAGGAUCGCUUUGAAGUGAACAUCAGCGAACUGCCUGACGAAAUCGAUAUCUCCUCCUACAGUGAGUCUGUUUUACCGAUUUCUCCUCCACUGACGAUCACAACAACAAAAGUUUGUGUUAACUAAUUGAACAGACCCGAUAAAAGGGGGGGCUCGCCUCUCCAUGUUGACCUUGGUUUUAAUUCCUGACCUCUGCCACUUUCCUGAAACUUCACAUUUAAUUUCACCUGAUGGAGAAAGAAGUGACUUGACUGUCUGGAAUACAAACCCACCCCAGUCCUGUGGCAGGGACAGAAGAGCUUCUGUCACUUAGCUACGUGUAGUAGUGGAAAAAAGGCCGAUCACAGCAAACCUCCAUUGCUCAUUGAGGUUGGAAGCCUCAUUGCUCGACCGGCACCCAAGAUGAAAGCAGCACCUUCCUGUCGAUGCUUUUAAUACAAAAAGAGACUUGACUUUCAGUUGGAUGUUCACUGCCUGCCUACCAGCAAGGUUUUUUGGGGGGGGGGGAUUCCACAUGUUGCAUUGCUCCUCUCUGUUCUCCAGUCAGCAUGUCAUCUUCCCCACUGCUCUGACAGGAAGCACAAAAGAAAAGGGGGAGGGAGCUGAGAUGGGAGGGUUGCUCUUGUGAAUUUGUGGCAUUCAAAAAUUGUGUUUUGUUUUAAAUGGUGUGUCUUCCUCGAAUGGGAGAAACUUAAGAAAACAAGCUUCCUUUUAUAACGCACUCUCAUGCCAUUUUAAAAUCCGUUUUUAAUUUUUUUUCCCCCUCCCCUGUGUAUUCCUCAUGGCUUUGAACUUUGUCUGCAUGUUAACAUUACUUCCAUCCCUGCUGGUAUCUUCUGGCGGGAAACUAGUAGUGAAAGUUAGUCAUGUUUUAGCUGUGGCUUGUUCUCUCUUUCUCUCUCUCCCUCCCUUUGAGACCCUCUUAUUAUUAUUUUUGGUAAUAAAGGAGCCCAGCUCUUAAGGGUGACUGAUUAAACUAGUCUUGUGAAUAAACA